AUGCCUGGACGAACUCUUCCAACCUUCACCCGCGCAGAGGUCGAAGCGCACAACUCGGGGGAUUCUUGCUAUGUUACUAUCGGCAACAAGGUCUACGAUAUCACCGACUUUGUUGAGGACCAUCCCGGCGGUCCCGAAUACAUCCUCGACUGGGCCGGCCGCGAUAUCGAAGCAAUCCUCAAAGAUUCUGAUUCUCAUACACACUCUGACUCUGCGUACGAAAUCCUCGACGAGAGCAUUGUCGGAUUUCUCGUUUCUGAAAAGGCUGUCAAUGGACAUGUCAACGGCAAUGGCCAUGCGAAGCUGCCCAACGGAGACGCCAAUGUUGAUGCCAAUGGCACAGUUCAUCCUCGAACCGGAAUGUCUUGUGCGGAGGAUAUGAGCAAGGACACAGACUACAACCUGGAUUACAAGAAGAACAAGUUUCUCGACUUGAGCAAACCUCUCUUCCCCCAGCUUUGGUUUGGAGGAUUCUCCAAAGAGUUCUAUCUGGACCAGGUCCAUCGCCCUCGCCACUACAAGGGCGGCCAGUCUGCACCUCUGUUUGGAAACUUUCUCGAGCCUCUCUCCAAGACCGCUUGGUGGGUGAUUCCCACGAUCUGGCUGCCAUGUAUCGCAUACGGCACCUACAUAGCUUCCCAAGGCUAUGACAACCAACUCUACACUGCUGCCUAUUGGGUGCUUGGUGUCUUCGUCUGGACCAUUAUCGAAUAUGUCUUGCACCGCGUUCUGUUCCACCUUGACUACUAUCUGCCUGAUAAUCGUGUAGGAAUUACCCUUCACUUUAUUCUCCACGGUAUCCACCAUUACCUCCCCAUGGACAAGUACCGUCUUGUCAUGCCUCCGACACUCUUCGCUGCAUUGGCCACUCCUUUCUGGAAGAUUGCCCACGGCAUCCUCUUCCACAACUGGUAUGCUGCUACUGCUGCCUACUGUGGGGGUAUUUUUGGAUAUGUUUGCUACGAUCUUACACACUACUUCCUUCACCACCAAGACCUACCUCUGUGGUACAAGGACCUCAAGAAGUAUCACCUUGCUCACCAUUUCCUUGAUUACGAGCUUGGCUUUGGAGUCACGAGCAGGUUCUGGGAUACUAUUUUCGGCACUGAGCUUAUUUACGACACCAAGAAGACGAAAUAA